AUGACAGCUAAUGAAGUCAAACCAAUAUCAGUUCUUCCAACUAUCCGUCCAGCCUUUCAUCACAAACUUCCUCCAGUUCUCGUGUCGGAUGCCAUGAAAACCAUGAAGCUUAGCUGUACAGGAAACCCUCCACCUCCUCAUCGUCAGUUUUGGUAUUCUACUUAUAAACAAAUUGUACAAUCUCGAUAUGUGUUUAUCCUUCAAAACAACAAUCUCAAUGCUCAAGAUCACGUCAAGUUGAGACUGGCCUUUCGUGCUGCUGGAUUAAACAGUCUUGUCGUACGGAAUGCAAUCUUUCGUGCUGCAACUUGCCAUGUUUACGAAACUUUGAACCGUCCUGAUCUGGUCCAUGUCGCUCAAUUGGCAGUCGGCCCAACCAUGGUGGUCUUUACAGAUCUAAACGAUGAAGAAGCGGCUCAUAUAGCGAUUCAAAAUCAUCUUCCUUCAACAUCUGGUAUCAUCUCCACUUUUUCCCACAUCAUUCAGGCUCAAAAAAAAUUGGUCAUGGUGGGUGGUAUUGUUGAAGGCAUUUUGGUGACGGCGGAUUCCUUUAAACAGGUGUUGGAAUUACCCAGUUUACCUCGGUUGCGUGCAGAACUGCUGGGGAUCUUGCAAAGUCCUGCUACCAAACUGGUCACCACGCUUCAACAAACACCUGCCACGCUGGUUGCUAAUUUGAAACAACAUGAACACAAUAUGAUGUAA